CACCCAAGUAGAGUACAACCAAGAACAAGCUAGAUAGCUUUCCAAUAAGCCAUGACUUUCUCCAUCAGCUCGGCAAUGAUCUUCCUCCUCUCUCUUGCUCUCUUUAGCACGCUGGUUUCUGCCGACAAUCAUUUACUCCCUGGCGACAGGCUGAACCCAGGUAAUUUCCUGAAGCAGGAUCGAUACAUGUUGAUCAUGCAGGAAGACUGCAACCUCGUGCUCUACAAUCUCAACAAACCUGAGUGGGCAACGAAGACUGCUAAUAGAGGCUCACGUUGUUUCGUCACCUUGCAAUCCGAUGGAAACUUUGUCAUCUAUGACGAUCACGAGGAGCGUAACGAAGCUAUUUGGGCCAGUAAUACCGAUGGCCAAAAUGGAAACUAUGUUAUCAUCCUCCAGAAAGAUGGAAAUUUGGUCUUAUACAGUAAACCAAUCUUUGCAACCGGCACCAAUAGGUUCGGCUCUACUGCUGUUGUUGUUGCCAAGCGCAACCGCAAGGCGCACUUUGGUGUCGAGCAGAACAUUAUUGAAGUUACAACUAAUCUCUAAGUUGGGGCAGAGGAUGUUGGCCUUUUGCGUACGAUGUUAGGUAGAGAAUAAGAGCUUAAUAUAACCUUAAAUUAGUAGAGUUAUGCAGGGGCCGCAAGCGGGAAUGGAAUGAUCAGGCAUGCCUUCAUGGUUGGUUUGUGUACGUACCAGUUGGUUGUUCUUAAUAUUAUAAUAAAAUGGCAGCUUGAUUUUUUUUAUUACA